AUGGCCUCCCUUCAGCAGAGCAAACUCGCCUUCAUUGGCGGCGGCAACAUGGCGUCGGCCAUCAUCAGAGGUCUGGUGAGCCAAGACAUCAACCCCCGCAAUAUCCUCGUGUCGGAGCCUUGGGACGUCAACCGCGAGAAGAUUGCCGAAGUGGGAGUGCAGACUACCACUUCCAACAGCGAAGCCGCCGGAGACGCAGAUAUCGUGGUGAUCGCCGUCAAGCCCCAGGUCACCAAGGAUGUUUGCCGCGAGCUUGCCGCUGCCUGGUCGCAGCGGGCAACCUUGCCAGUGGUUGUGAGCAUCGCGGCGGGCAUCACCCUGAGCAGCUUGAAGGAGUGGCUCACGACCAGUGAUGGACGCAGCGCCCAUAUCGUUCGCGUCAUGCCCAACACCCCCGCCCUGGUCAAGGAGGGUGCUUCCGGCCUUCUGGCCAGCGACGACGUUACUCCGGAGGAGAAGGAGCUCAUCGGCGCCCUGCUGCAGAGUGUGAGCAAGGCCACCGAGUGGGUUGAUCGUGAAGAGCUGCUGGAUGUUGUUACCGGUCUGUCUGGCUCUGGACCCGCUUACUUCUUCGCCAUGGUGGAGCACUUGAUCUCCAGCGCCACGGCACUGGGUCUUUCCAAGGAGCAGGCCACGAGGCUCGCCGCACAGACGUGCCUUGGUGCAGGCAAGAUGCUCGUGGAGUCUUCGGAGGAGCCUGCACAGCUGCGCAAGAAUGUGACCAGUCCGAAUGGAACCACCCAUGCCGCCUUGCAGACAUUCGAGGCCUUGAACUUCAAGGACAUCGUCGACAAGGCCGUGCAGUCUGCCACUUCACGGGCCGCAGAGCUCGGAGAGACGCUUGGAAAGCUGUAG